AUGGCUUCUCAAGAUAAACAGCUUCACUUUCUCAUGUUUCCUUUUAUGGCACAAGGCCACAUGAUUCCAAUGGUAGACAUAGCCAGAAUGCUGGCAAAACGUGGUGCCAAGAUCACCAUAGUCACCACACCAGGCAAUGCUGCUCCUUACGAAAGAAUUCUUGCUCGAGCCGUUGAAACCGGGCUUAGCAUCGAUCUAAUCCUACUGAAGUUUCCUUCGGAAGAAGUAGGAUUACCUAAAGAGUGUGACAGUUUGGACAAGUUGCCGAACCUAGAAUGGGCCGCAAAACUCUUCCAUGCAGCCUCUAUGAUGCAACAACCGGCAGAGAAAGUGGUCGAAGAGCUUAAUCCGAGGCCAAAUUGCAUAAUAGCGGACAUGUGUUUGCCUUGGACAAUCAACAUUGCUCGAAAGCUCAACAUCCCAAGGAUUUCACUCCCUGUAAUGGGCUGCCUGUGCCACUUAAGCUGGCUUAAUGUGCAUAGUUCCAAGGUUCUUGAUAAUAUAAGUUGUGAAAAUGAGUGCUUUGUUGUGCCUGAUCUGCCAGAACGGAUUGAGGUUGCCAAAGCUCAGAUACCAAGUAAGAGAUUUCUUGACCAAUGGAUGGUAGCUGAGACAGAAUCUUAUGGAACACUCAUUAACACUUGUGAAGAGUUGGAGUCAGCAUUUGUCAAAGAGUACAAGAAGAAUGUGAGGAAGAACGGUAAAGUUUGGUGUAUUGGCCCGGUUUCGUUAUGCAACAAAGAUAAAUUGGAUAAGGCUCAAAGAGGUAACAAGUCUUCUAUUGAUGAAUAUCAGUGUCUCAAGUGGCUUGAUUUGUGGGAACCAACUUCUGUAGUGUAUGUUUGCCUAGGAAGCUUAUGUAAUUUGGCAACAUCAGAGUUGAUAGAACUUGGGCUAGGAUUGGAAGCUUCAAACAAGCCUUUUGUUUGGGUUAUAAGGGGAGGGAAUAGUGCUUCUGAAGAGAUAGAGAAAUGGAUCAAAGAAGAUGGAUUUGAAGAAAGGACAAAAGAAAGAGGGUUGAUAAUUCAGGGCUGGGCUCCACAACUACUAAUCUUAUCACACCCUGCUGUUGGAGUGUUCUUAAGUCAUAGUGGGUGGAAUUCAAUUCUUGAAGGAAUAUGUGCUGGGGUUCCCAUGGUUACAUGGCCACUAUUUGGUGACCAUUUUCUUAAUGAGAAACUUGUUGCACAAAUUUUGAACAUAGCUGUGCCUCUAGAGUUGAAUGAGAAAGUUGGGGUCAUGGAGAAGAGGGUGACUAUUAAGAGGGCUUUAGAGGCAGUGUUGGAUGAAGGAGAAGAAAACAAGGAAAGAAGAGAAAGAGCCAGAAAGCUUGGGGAGAUGGCCAAGAGAACCGUUGAAGAAGAUGGGUCUUCAUACAAAAAUAUGACAAUGUUCAUAGAAGAAAUUAUGCAGCUUGGAUCUAGUGAUCAACAUUAAGAGUU